CACAGGGGUGGGGGAGGUACACUGUAUUGAAUGCUGGGAAUCGUAGUCUUUGGACUUCGGGCCAGCUGCGUAGCUUGGCUCUUCCGCAUUUCCCAACGUGUUUUUGCGGGAAUUCGGUGCUGCGUGGUUUAGAGUUUACGUCUCGUUCUGUUUGUAGUCAAUGUCUGUACUUAUUCCAGGACUCUAAACUGUAUCACAGCCUAUAGAAACAGGCCCGGAGAGCCCCGACACCCUGGCCAAAGCCGCCCAGUGUUCGGGGGUCGGCCUUUCCGAGUCGGGGUUCCACUUCUGGUCGGUAAAUACGAAUCUGGCUCCUCCGGCAUCAUUUGAGCCGCCGGAGCCUUCACUGCAUCUCUGCGUUCCGUGGCCGGAGCCUGUGGCCUCCCUGGUUCGGUUUGUAGAAGAGGAGAGUGGGGCUUCUUUUUUUCCUUUGAGGAAAAUUUAGAACAACUUCGAUGCCCUCAACUCACUCCUAAAGCUCAAAGGCGGUGACCAGCGGCCCUAGAAUCCCUACCAUAAGCCAGGUGGAGCGCGUGUUCGUAAAAUUCCGUCUAGCACAGAAAGAAAAAAAAGUACUCGUUUACUCGGUUUAGGAGGAUACACCUGCAGAUAUUUGAAAGCAAAACCUGUGGGGCUGCAAAUGAGAGGGUGUGCAGCCUGGUCACUUCAUAGAAAUACCCAGUCAGCGUUUAGAAAGACACAGCACCAGGUGGCUUUCCGGCGAGGGAAGUCCCUCACCCUAAGCUUGCGCCUUUGGAAAUAUUUUCUGUGUCUCUUUAACCUAGUCUUUCCAUACGCCCCCGAAGCCGACCUCGUUUCCAAUAAAAACCAGUCCCUUCUCGCUUCCUCCAGAAAAAAUGGAACUUUGAAUUUGUUUUUAGAUAAUUAUCCGAAUUCCUAAAGACAAGCUUUUCAGUUGAAAGUCUAUCAUAAUCUUUUGUAACUUCCCCUGUUUAGGUUGGCCAAUCUUAACUCUUGUGGUUGGUGUUUACACAUUGUGGUGGUGAAUUAUUUACAUCUGCCCAGAUUGUCAACGUUUGUUAUUAGUAAGCAAAGGGUACCUUGCAAAGUUUUUUUUAAAUGCUUCUGUGAUUGUAUUUUUUUUUUUUUUUGAGUAUGCUAGGGUGGAAAUUACAUUCAGAAGUCUCAAAUAAUUGCAUUUUUGUAUAUUUUAGCUCCUGUUUAUUAUUACUAUUAUCAUUAUUAUUAUUUUUGCUUUUAGAAAAGGGGGGUUCUUUCACUUUUCUGCAUUUCACAGCUCAACUUCUUCACCUUUUUCUCUAGUUCUGGACAAGUAAGCAACCAGUUCUGAAACUGCGAAUUCCAUCUGAACUGGUCAGUGGUGGCUAGUUCAGUGUUGCACCUGGAGGGAACUGAGAAUGAUACAUGACUUCCCAAAUAGAUCCAUUGCUUGUGGGUAGAGGCUUCAUCAGAUGAUGGUGGGGAUCUAUGAGGCAGGCAAGACCUGAGACAUGGUCUGGCAGAAGAUGGCUGGCUAUUGUCUGGCUCAGCUCUGCCCCUUUAAGAUGGGAUCCCUGGCUAUGCACCUUGUACAAGGAAAGGGCAGCUUGUUCAGAAUCCAGCCUAGCCGUUUCUCCCCUGGGGUCUCCACCUCUUCUGAUUUUUGACCCAUUGUUGAUUCUCACUUCCCUUCUUGGUCUAGUUCCUCCAGAACUUAUACCCCAGGCUGUUAUUAAACUCCCUAGCUUUGGAUCGGAUUCUUUUGCUUUCUAGUUUUAGUUUUUCCCUUUGACACCGUAUGUCCAUGGACACUACGGGAAAAAGCUGCCUUUGUUGUUGUUGCUGUUGGUAAGCUUCUUGGAAGAGAAAACCAUAUAGGCAAAGGGGUGCCAUCAGGGGCAUUGGACAGCUCACCUGGUGACAGGUGUAGUCCAACAGUGAGGAGUCAGGGAGAAUGCAGACCAGGGAGAUGACGGCAGGAAAGCAGUUGCAAUCAGGGAGCGUUAAGGAAUGAGGAAUGCAGGUUCCUGUGGCGUAGGAAUCAGCAAGUACUUGGAGGGGAAAAGCAAGAGAGAAUGUGGGGCCCACUUCUCAACACUUUCUUUCUUUCUGGAGUCUUGUCUCCUCAAAUCCUGGUUGCCUGGGUAGCCAUCUGAUGCCUUUAAUCCUAACUUAAACUGGAUUUUCAACUCUGAUCUGUCCAUUGGUUGGCACCUCUCAUCGUCGCAUGUCAGUAAGAAAGAAACCCUUUGGGGGAAAGUUUUCAGAGUGUUUGUAGCAAACACAAUUAGGAGGAAUUCUUAGAAGCAGCGGAGGUCGGCAACUGUGCCAGGAUAAUUGUUACAUUUUAAACACAAUGUCAUCCCCUGAGCAAAGUGAAAUGAGCCAGAAGGCACAUGUAGACAGGUAUGCCCAAUUUGUUUUAAAGCCCCAGAAACCCAUUCAGCCUUACAUCUGCUCAACUCUGAGUGAUUUUCAAGAAGAGAGAGACUUUCUGGCCGACUACAUCUUUCCUCAGCUUAACGAACUCUGCAAUUCCCAGGGCACGUAUUUCAAAGCCGUGGACCUGAGGUGGUCAGCGUUGAAGGCCCCGCCACCCUCACCAUCCAACCUGUUCAGACAGCAUUCUUGUCUCCACUCUCAGUAUCUGAAGCUCUGUCUCGACUAUGUGAACAGCUGUUUUCCUUUCUUCAUCUGCAUGCUGGGUCAGAUGUACGGGGACUUCCUCCCUGACCAUGUGCCUCUAAUGCUCUCCAGAGUGACUGACUUGUUCAGUUUAUCCACGGUAGAACAGAACCUCUACGUUGCUGCAAAAAUUGGUUAUCCUUGGGUCCUGGAGAAUCCCAACUACAGUUUGACGGAGUUUGAGGUCAUCCAAGCAGCAUUUCUGAAUGAGUCUCCAUUUCAGUAUUUUUACUUUAGGACUGGAACCAUGCUGCUGAAGACUUUAGAUGAGGAAAAGGAGGGGCUGUCCUCGGGCUCUCUGCUGACUGAUGAGGAAAAAUUAAGGAUUGGAAAGCUUAAGGCCAAGAUUAUUAGCAAAGGGCUCUGUGUCCGAUUUCAUAAAGAUCUCCACGAGUUGGGGGACCUGGUUUUCAAGGACUGGUCAGUUGUGAUAGAACAACUUUACCCAGCCACUUUAAUGAUCGGAAAUAUAGACUACAAACACAACUGUGAACGUUUCUAUCAUGAAGAGUUCGUGGAGAAGUGCAAAGGUGUUAUUUCCAAGGAAUCAAACAGAACCUUUGAAAUCUUGGAAAGAUUUGCCUUACAGGAUGUGGGAUCAGAUCGUAACAGUGCUGCAGCAGGCUCUGGGUUAGAUGCUGUCCUCAGAAUAAAUCCUCUUCCAAUUGACAAGUCUAUUUUGCUCUUGUCUGGAGAACGUGGUUGUGGGAAGUCCACUCUGAUCGCCAACUGGGUGAAUUAUUUCAAAAAGAAAUGUCCGAGCAUGUUGGUGACCCCUCAUUUUGUGGGCACCACCUGUGAAAGCAGUGACAUCAUGUCCGUGAUGCGUUGCUUCAUCACAGAAUUGCAGUUCAAAAACUAUGGUACUCAGCUUGAAACUGAUGUUCUUAACGAAGGCUCAAAUGUCUUGGUCUUUUCACUUCUUGUGGAAGUUUUCAUUGCUUCCAUCAAUUUAAAGCCAUGUAUACUUGUCCUAGAUGGAAUUGAAGAGUGGAUUGGCAUUUAUGGGAUUUUAGGACAGAAGGCAAAAGAUUUUUCUUGGCUGCCUUGCUCGCUGCCUCCUCAUUGCAAAUUCAUCAUGAGCACUGUCUCCUCCAGCCUGUCCUACAAGUUGCUAUGUGCUCGCCCAGAUGUGAGGACAGUGGACUUCAUUAGCAUAGGAGACAAAGAAGUGAAACUAAACAUCUUUAGACAGCAUCUCUCCAUUCCCAACAAAGACCCCCUCCAACAGAGCCAAUCCACUUUGAGGAAAAAACCAAACCUGAAUCCUUUAAAACUCACGAUCCUAGCGAAUGAACUCAGAGAAUGUAGAAUCUACCGAGAUGAGUAUCAGUGUCUGAAGGAGUACUUGGAGGUGGUGUCUGUUCAGGAGCUCUGGGAAUUGAUUCUGAAACGCUGGAUUGAGGACCAUAGCUGGACUUUUACACCAAAAAAGGCAAAUUCAGACGCGGUGGCUUUAGGAGAAGCACCGGAUGUCUGGGUGGCUGACACUCUGUGCUUUUUGAGCAUCUCACAUUGUGGAUUGGCCGAGGAUGAGAUAUUCCAGCUUUUGGACAUGCUGGGCUACAGGGAUCACUACAAAGUGACCAUGUUGCACUGGGCUGCCUUCUGCAAUGCCAGCAGACACUGGGUCCAGGAGAAGCCCAAUUGCCUCCUGUACUUCAGGCACCAGUCCCUGCGGAGUGCUGUGGAGCACAAGCUUCUUGGUGUGGUCACUCCUGUCAGAGAAAGCCGUCCAUAUACCUUUCAGAACCCAACAAAUCACAAGAAGACACAUUUCCACCAGAUCUUAGUUCGAUACUUCCAACGGCAAACCACUUUCUGGAGGGUAUUUGAGGAGCUGCCGUGGCAUUUGAAAAUGAGUAGCUCCUGGGGGGGUUUGUGCAGCUUUCUGUCAAGUCCUAGUAUCACAGAUUCUGUAUCGAAGAUCCAAAACCUGAGCUUCUGGACAUGGCUGCACCUCAUCCACUACUGGAAUGUGUUAGCAGAAGUCGGAUAUGAUGCUGCUGGGGCCUAUUUACUCACAGUGGCCAAGGUUAAAGCUGAGAAGUGCCAUAAAAUGAGGAAGAGACAUACACCGUCAGUGCUGGAAUGCAGGCUUUUUGAGGUUACCACCAUGGACAAAUGCCGAUUAAUGUUCUUUAUUGCGAAAUUUCUGAAGCUUAUGGGCAAGAUCAAUGAAGCAGAAGGAUUAUUCUUGACUGUCGAGAACAUGUUAGUGCAGACCACUUUUGCUGCGGUGUGGAGAAUGGACUACAUGGCGGGCAGAGUGCUGAACAACCUGGUAAAGUCAGCAAGUGAAAAGUACUUAAAAGAAAAUCAUAUUUUGGAAUGUGCUACUGAAACUUCCAGCUUUUUGGACAAUAACCCCUGUGACCAGGCUACCAUGAAAUACACCGAAGGUGUUCUGAUAUUUGCUGCUGGAGACACGUCUCUUGCAAAAAUGAGACUUCAAGAAUGCUUAAAUAUCAGAAGUUUGUUUGGUGAGAAAAAUAUCCUAGUUGGAGAAAUUAUGGAAUUUUUAGCAGAUUUACUAUCUUUUCUACUGGAAGAGAGUGAAAGAUGCCAAAGGAAGCAAGCAAUUGAAUAUUAUAAACAAGUGAUACGAAUAAAGGAAAAUGCAGGGACUUUCACCAAUUCCUCACUCGUCAGGAAGCAGCUGAGCAUUAGCCUAAGUGACACCUUGUGUAAAUUAGCAGGUCAGUUAUUCAUAAAUGACUCCGGUCAUCACGUCAUGACUGAAGCAGUGGGCUAUCUGUACAGAUCACUUGACUUAAGGGCGACCUACCUGGGAUCUUCUCAUUCAUCAAUCCAUGGAAUCCUGCAACUUCUGAGGGGAAUUGAGCGGAUCAGGAGUAGAAGAUGUUGGCCUCAAGGCAUGAGUCAGCAAUAUUUCGAGGGUUCUAGGAAUGGCACCUCAUUAUGGGAGUACUUGCUUAAAUUAGACUACCACAGUGCUCAGAGUUCUAAUACAGUGAGCUCUGCGAUAUGCAUGAAUGCACAUAACCUACAGAGAGUUAAAAGCAUGGACUUGGCACCUAUAAUUUCAGAGAAAUCAAAAUGUGCUUCUGGAAAAGGGAAAAAAGUCUCGAGACCCAUCGUUUCCAUUUCUGUUGAGGAGAAGACCCGACAGAAGACACAGGAUAAUGUGGAGCCAUGGAAUGGCCCAGGAAAAGGAGGUUCAAUGAAAAAGAAAGAUUAUUCCUCUAAGGUUUUAUCUUUGAGUAAAAUGGAUGGUGUAGUAAAGCUUUCACGGCAAAAGGUUUUCUCAGCUAAAGGUGAGGGUGGAAAAGGCCAAAUCACCACAAUUUACCGGCAUCCCUUGGCAGGAGGGUCUCUUAGCACAAAUAAUCCCUGGGAAUCCAUAUCUGAGCUCAUAUCAGAAAAGUGGCUUUUUCAUAGCCCAGAAUACAGUUCGGUUCCCCAGAAGAGUUUUUUGCAGAGAAGAUUUCAGUUUGAAACCAAAUUGUUGAAGACCUCAAAUGAUACUAAUAAAGUAUAAAAAUGA